CAUCAAACGAGGUCCGCCUGUCAGUCAGCUGGCUAGUGGUCGACCAUCGCAUCGGCCCCAUGAGCCCCUCCCCCACUCACAGCAGCUGCUGCUGCAGCACCACCACCAGCAGUGCCAUUCAACAGACGAUCAGACAUGACUGCACACACACACAGAGAGAAGAGGGACACAUGAAUCGUGCGUGCGUGUGUCGUGCCCCCUCCCUCUGGCUGACAUGACGGCCUCGGUUCCUUCUCGUCGUCUCCUGGUAUGAGUGUGGUGAUGGGCACCCACUCGGGCGGCUCCUGGUCGCCACACCGCCAUGAUAUCACCUGCAGAGAAGAAUGCAUCAUGCAGUAUCCACCAAUGGGGUUUCCUUUCCGUCCUCCUCCCCCCCUUACUGUUCCGUCAUCUGCCGCUGCGGUGAGGACGGUGCCGGUGACGUUGAAGCACACACGCCAUAUCUGCACACAUAUAACACACAGUCGUCACGAAGUAUGCACUGAAUCAACGCAAUGGGUGCGAUCUUAGGCGGGUUCACCGGUCCCGGCGAUACUUCGAUCUUCUGCAGGAUCUGGAGCAGCCACUUGUCGGACGCGCCGGCCACACCCGACUCUGCACAGACACAGACACUCAGCGAGAGAUGCCUGCCUGUCGCGUACACACACACACAAGCUUGUUGCUUCCGUGCAUACCAGCCGAUGGUGGCAAGAUGGCCUCCGCCUGAGCAAGGGGGCGAGCAUGAGAUGCCCGUCUGUCGAUGGGCGUAUGUCUGCCUGGCUGUGUGCCCGCCCUAUUACUGACCGGUGCGUUGGCCGAUGUGUCUUGUUGUGGCUGCUGCUUCCACUGCCAUAUGUGCACCAGGGGCUCGUCCCCACAGGUGGCCAGCAGAUCAUACGGCCUGCAUAGGUUGGGUGCCCACGCCACAUCCUUCAGAGGGGCACUGCUCGC